UCUCAGAGUCAGAAUGUUGCGACCGGUGCAUUUGGCUAUCUUCCUCUUGAUGGUGGUUUUGAUGGUGGCUGCUGAAGAUCAAUUAGAUCCUGCCCGUCAAGAAGUCGAGCCAUCUCUGAACAAUGCCAACGAUUUAGAAGCUGACGCGUCUGCUUGGGGGUAUUCCAGACCAUGGCGCUAUGGUUGGAGAAGCGGCGGCUGGGGCGGAUGGAGAGGAGGCGGAUGGGGCUGGGGAGGAAAAGUAUGGGCUGGAAGAGGUGGUUGGUGGUGAACUCAAGACAAGUUUAUAAACUCUGUCAUGAAAAUUAACGAAUUAGUAAACUUUUGUAAUGCCCUGUAUUUCUUAAAUUUUUGUAAUUUCAUGUUUUACAAUGAUUGUUGAAUAAAUACACGAUCAUAUAUGACUGCAAUA